UACAGUUUCGUCACAAGGGUGGCUUUUGUGCAUACUCUGAAAUACACAGCAGUAGAAAUACUCCUUCUUACACUUUAAAUGGUUAAGUUGAGACAGGAUGGAACAAGGAAGCACUUAGAUCGAAGAAUUUUCUACGUGGUGCUGGGAAAGGAAAAGAUGUGGGCGAAUCGGCCGAAGCGGAUUGCUGGCUAUAAAAACCAGCGGUUCUGUAGAGAUCCUGCGAAAGAAGAUGAAGAAGAACAGAGAAAGAUUCUGCAACAGAGAAAGGGAAUUUGUGUAUAAAUUCAAAAUAGGAGGUCAGUGCUUAGAACUGAGGGUGCCCCUCAAAUUUCCUGUUCAAGAGAAUGCCAGUGAUUUACAUGGACGUCUGAUGCUACUGCACAGUUUACCAUGCUUUAUAGAAAAAGACUUAAAAGAAGCUCUGAGCCAGUUUAUAGAAGAAGAAUCCCUCCGAGAUUAUGAUAGAGAGGCUGAAGCAUCUCUGGAAGCUGUGAAGUCAGGUGAAGUAGAUUUACAUCAGCUGGCAAGUACGUGGGCCAAAGCUUACGCUGAGACCACAUUAGAGCAUGCAAGGCCUGAGGAACCGAGCUGGGAUGAAGAUUUUGCAGAUGUGUACCAUGACCUAAUCCACUCCCCUGCCUCCGAAACGCUCCUAAAUUUGGAACAUAAUUACUUUGUUAGUAUCUCAGAACUGAUUGGUGAAAGAGAUGUGGAGCUGAAAAAAUUACGAGAGAGACAAGGUAUUGAAAUGGAAAAAGUAAUGCAAGAAUUGGGAAAAUCACUGACAGAUCAAGACGUAAAUUCACUGGCUGCUCAGCAUUUUGAAUCCCAGCAAGAUUUAGAAAAUAAAUGGUCAAAUGAAUUAAAACAAUCAACUGCCAUCCAAAAGCAAGAGUAUCAGGAAUGGGUGAUAAAACUUCAUCAAGACCUAAAAAAUCCAAACAACAGCUCUCUCAGUGAAGAAAUUAAAGUUCAACCAAGUCAGUUUAGAGAAUCAGUAGAAGCAAAUGGAAGGAUUUAUGAAGAACAGAGAAAGUUAGAAGAAAGUUUUACCAUUCACCUAGGAGCUCAGUUGAAGACCAUGCAUAAUUUGAGAUUGCUGAGAGCAGAUAUGCUUGAUUUCUGUAAACACAAAAGAAAUCAUCGAAAUGGUGUGAAACUCCAUCGACUCCAGACAGCUCUCUCUCUUUAUUCCACAUCUCUCUGUGGCCUGGUUUUAUUAGUAGAUAAUAGAAUCAAUUCAUACAGUGGUAUUAAAAGAGAUUUUGCCACAGUUUGUCAAGAAUGCACGGACUUUCAUUUUCCCCGAAUUGAAGAACAGUUGGAAGUUGUCCAGCAGGUGGUACUUUAUGCUAGAACCCAGCGUAGGAGUAAGUUGAAAGAGUCACAUGAUUCUGGGAGCCAAAAUGGAGAAAGUGAUGAUAAGACUAAAAAUGCUGAUAGGAACUACUUAAAUAUUUUACCUGGAGAAUUUUAUAUUACACGGCAUUCUAAUCUCUCAGAAAUCCAUGUUGCUUUCCAUCUCUGUGUGGAUGACAAUGUGAAAUCUGGAAACAUCACUGCUCGUGACCCUGCCAUUAUGGGACUCCGGAACAUACUCAAGGUUUGCUGUACUCACGACAUCACAACAAUAAGUAUUCCGCUCUUGCUGGUGCACGAUAUGUCAGAGUUGCCUGAGAAGAUAUGUCAGAAAACAUGUGGCUACAACAAAUGUCCAAGAUUUUACUGCCUAUGUUUUCCUUUAAGAUUUUCAUGGUUUCGAGUCUGACAUUUAGGUCUUCAAUCCAUUUUGAGUUUAUUCUUGUAUAUGGUGUAAGAAAGUGGUCUAAUCUGUCUAUAGAUCUGGCCAAGAUGGAGGAAUAGACAGAAACACUUUGCUUCCUUGCACAACCAAAAAAAGGAUAACAGCCAAUUUAAAAAUGAAGAACAAACAGAACUGCCAGAAAAUCAUUUGCGUGGAAGUACAACAGCCAAGGAGUUAAACAUUCAUUCAGACCAGUAGGAAGAGCAGAGUUGGGCAACCGAGGUGGAGAGGAUGAGCAUCAAGAUGACAGCUGGAGGACUGAGCAGUCCCUCAUUCACGUGCAGAUAAACCAGGAGGAACAACAUUGCGGGGAGCAAGACAGACUGAAACCCAGGGUUUGGGUACAGGAAACCAAAGUCUCAAAACCCCUGGCUGUAAAAAAGCUGUGGGAGUUGUGGCAGUGGGAGAAACUCCCAGCCUCACAGGAGAGUGUGUUGCAGAAACCCACAGAGUCCUAAAACGCAAAAGGGCACCCACCUGCAAAUCAGCAUGAGAAAGGGCACAAUCUGCUUGUGGAAAGCCUGGAAACUUACGGAAAGUGGUUGAGAGCAGAGCAAGCAACAUUGUUCUCUCUCUGAGCCCUCCCCCACAGACAGCACAAUAACGCAGCAAAGAGGGUUUCCCCAACUUGACAUGCCUAAGGCUCUACCCCUUAGCACGUAACAAGUGUGCUGAGGCAAAGAAAUAUGGCCCAAAUGAAAGAACAGAUAAAAUAAUACUCCAGAAAAAGAACCAAACGAUGAGGAAAUAGACAACCCAUCUGAUGCAGAAUUCAAAACACUGGUAAUCAGGAUGCUCACAGAAUUGAUUGAGCUUAGUCUCAAAAUGAAGAAAUGAUGGCUACAUAAAGUGAAAUAAAGGAAAAUAUACAGGGAACUAACAGUGAAGGGAACAAAACUGGGACUCAGAUCAACAGUUUGAAACAAAGGAAGAAAUAAACAUCCAGCUGGGACAGAAUGAAGAAAUAAGAAUGCAAAAAAAAAUGAGGAGAGGCUUAGGAAGUUCUAGGACAAUUUUAAGUGUUCCAACAACCAGAUAAUGGUGCUGGAAGGAGAAGAGGAAGAGCAAAAUAUUGAAAACUUAUUUGAAUAAAUAAUGAAGGAAAACUUCGCCAAUCUGACAAAGGAAAUAGAGUUCCAGGAAGCCCAGAGAGUCCAAAGAAAUAGGACCCAAGGAGGAACACACCAAGACACAUCAUAAUUAAAUUACCCAAGAUUAAGGAUAAGGAGAGAAUCUUAAAAGCAGCAAGAGAAAAGGAGACAGUUACCUACAAAGAAGUUCCCAUUAGACUAUCAGUUGAUUUCUCAAAAGAAAUCUUACAGGCGAGGAGGGACUGGAAAGAAGUAUUCCAAGUCAAGAAAGGCAAGGACCUUCAUCCAAGAUUUCUCUAUCCAGCAAAGCUUUCAUUUAGAAUGGAAGGGCAGAUAAAGUGCUUCCCAGAUAAGGUCAAGUUAAAGGAGUUCAUCACCAAGCACUUAUUAUAUGAAAUGUUGAAGAG